AUGGUAGACCAAGAACUGGCCGAGGCCGAGAAAAUGGCCAAGCAGAAAGAUGAGGAACUGAACAAGGCACAGUAUAAUGUGAUCAUCUUGUACCAAAAGCAUCAACACUGUGGCAAUUUGGACCCUCUGGGGGCAGCUGGGCAGGCAUAUUGUCAGGCAUAUGAGACUUUCGUUCUGGCAAAAGAGGCGCACACGCAGGCAUUGGCGGAUCUUGCAUCGAAGCAGCUUCGCAGACCGGGAGACGGGAGGUAA